AUGAAGAGGAGGGCUUUCCUGCUGGUCUUGCUGGCUGUUGUGCUUGCUCUUCUGGCGCUCAUAAUAGGCCUGGCUGUUGGCUUGACACGAGGAGGAGGGAGCAAGAACCUGCCUCUCCCUUCAAACACGAACACGUUCAGCGGUGAGCUAACGUACUAUGGGCCUGGUCUUGGUGCGUGCGGUGUGACUUCGACCAAGGAUGAUAAGAUUGUCUCUCUUUCGCAUCUUUUAUUCGAUGCUGCUGGUUCGACAUCCAGCAAUGGUGGCAACUCGAACAACAAUCCUCUUUGUGGGCGAAUGUUACGGGCUCAGCGAUACAACGAGGAAGUUGGCCAGAUGCGUAGUGUGGACCUCAAGGUCGUUGACAGGUGCACCGGGUGCGCUGUUGAUGAUUUGGACACGACCGAGACUGCUUUUGAAGAACUGGCGCCUAUUGCAAGUGGGAGAGUUGAUGUGACUUGGGCUUGGCUGUAG